CGACUUACUAGAUUGUAUUAUUGACACGUUCACUACUUCCGGUAUCUUGUGCACACAACGAAGAAGAUGGAGUUCGCCGGCAAAAUGAUAUCUCUGGUGGUUCUGUUUGUCGUUCCACUCGUAGUGCUAGGAGACAGCUGUUUGUCACCAGAGGUCAAGGCUGAAACUUACACCACCACAGAGGCCAUUGUCUCCACAGAAACUGUGUUUAUUGUACAGUUUACACUUACCUGCAAAAAUAAAGUCAGGGAUAUGAAUCUGUAUGCUGAUAUCAGUGGUAGAACUUUACCUGUCACCAAGACUGACAAACCUGAUUUGUACCAGGUUAGCAUCAGUGAUGAUCAUAAAAAGCUGUCCUCUGGUAAAUAUGAGGUGCGUCUGUAUGAUGAGGAGGGAUACUCCAUGCUGAGAAAGGCCCAGAGAAGUGGAGAGUCUGUAGAUGCCGUCAAACCAGUUACCUCUAUCACAUUUAACCACCCAGGAGUUUCUAAAGGUCCUUUUGUGCAGAGUGAGUUUGUUGCUGUGGUUAUCGCUGUCCUUGUGUGGUAUUUUGCCUACAGCACCAGAAGUCAACUCCAGUCAUCAAACUAGGAACAAAUUUUUGACAUUUACAAUAAAUUUAAAAAGACACCAUUAGAAGAGAAAUUAAAUUUUAUACAUUUUUUUUCUUUAUUGAAGUAUUUUCCACCUGCCAUCAUCAAUAUUUUAUAAUAAAAACCAUUCCAUCUAUAAAGGAAA